CGCCAUGUUGUUUUGCUUCGUUGUCAGUAGAGAGGAGCGGCAGCAGCAGAGCGGAGCUUCUACCUGACAGUGUGUCCGACCCCCUCCCCGUUGCCAUGGCGACCUUCCCAGAGUACAUUGCGGCGAACGAGGAGCGAGACGGCGUGCGCUUCAGCUGGAACGUCUGGCCGUAGCGGCUGGAGGCGACCCGGAUGGUGGUUCAGGUGGCGUCUCUGUUCACCCCGCUGAGGGAACGACCCGACCUGCCGCCGAUCCAGUACGAACCGGUUCUGUGCAGCCGGGCCACCUGCCGCGCCGUGCUCAACCCGCUGUGCCAGGUGGACUACAGAGCCAAGCUGUGGGCCUGCAACUUCUGCUACCAGCGGAACCAGUUUCCUCCGUCUUAUGCUGGGAUCUCUGAGGUCACCCAACCUGCAGAGCUGCUGCCUCAGUUCUCCACCAUCGAGUACGUGGUCCAGCGGGGUCCUCAGAUGCCGCUGGUCUUCCUGUACGUGGUGGACACCUGUAUGGAGGACGAGGACCUGCAGGCUCUGAAGGAGUCCCUGCAGAUGUCCCUGUCCCUGCUGCCUCCCACCGCGCUGGUCGGACUCAUCACCUUCGGCCGGAUGGUUCAGGUUCAUGAGCUGGGCUGCGAGGGGAUCUCCAAGAGCUACGUCUUCAGGGGGACCAAGGACCUGAAUGCCAAGCAGCUGCAGGAGAUGCUCGGUCUGACCAAACCCUCAGCCGCUCAGGGACGAGGUCCUCAAACGGCCCCGCAGCCUCUGUCCAACAGGUUCCUGCAGCCGGUGCAGAAGAUUGACAUGAACCUGACCGACCUGUUGGGGGAGCUGCAGCGAGACCCCUGGCCCGUCACUCAGGGAAAGAGGCCUCUUCGCUCGCUGGGCGUCGCCAUGUCCAUCGCUGUGGGCCUGCUGGAGUGCACCUUCCCCAACACGGGCGCUCGCAUCAUGACGUUCGUUGGCGGUCCGGCGACGCAGGGCCCCGGCAUGGUGGUGGGAGACGAACUGAAGACCCCCAUCAGGUCCUGGCACGACCUGGAGAAGGACAACGCCAAGUUCAUGAAGAAAGCUACCAAGCACUACGAGUCUUUAGCUAACCGAGCGUCCACUAACGGUCACAUCAUCGACAUCUACGCCUGCGCUCUCGAUCAGACCGGCCUGCUGGAGAUGAAGUGCUGCGCCAACUACACCGGAGGCUACAUGGUGAUGGCGGACUCCUUCAACACGUCUCUGUUUAAACAAACCUUCCAGAGAGUCUUCACCAAAGAUGUCCAGGGAUCCUUCAAGAUGGCGUUCGCCGCCACGCUGGAAGUCAAGACCUCCAGAGAGAUCAAAGUAUCGGGAGCGAUCGGCCCCUGCGUCUUGCACGCUAAAGGACCCUGUGUCUCUGAGAACGAGAUCGGGACGGGAGGAACGUGUCAGUGGAAGAUCUGCGGUUUGGAUCCGACCACUACUCUGGCUCUUUACUUCGAGGUGGUCAACCAGCACAACGCUCCGAUCCCUCAGGGCGGCCGCGGAGCGAUACAGUUCGUCACCCAGUACCAACACUCGUCCGGACAGAGGCGCAUCAGAGUCACCACCACCGCCAGGAACUGGGCGGAUGCUCAGACUCAAAUCCAGAGCAUCGCAGCGUCCUUCGAUCAGGAGGCGGCGGCCAUCUUGAUGGCGAGGUUGGCGGUGUACCGAGCGGAGACGGAGGAGGGUCCUGAUGUCCUGCGAUGGUUGGACAGACAGCUGAUCAGACUGUGUCAGAAGUUUGGAGAUUACCACAAAGACGAUCCAAACUCCUUCAGGUUCUCCGAGACUUUCUCCCUCUACCCUCAGUUCAUGUUCCACCUGCGGCGCUCUCCGUUCCUGCAGGUGUUCAACAACAGUCCAGACGAGAGCUCUUAUUACAGACACCAUUUCAACAGACAGGACCUGACCCAGGCCCUCAUCAUGAUCCAACCUGUGCUCUACGCCUAUUCAUUCAGCGGGCCACCUGAGCCCGUCCUGUUGGACAGCAGCAGCAUCCUGCCCGACCGAAUCCUGCUGAUGGACACCUUCUUCCAGAUCCUCAUCUACCACGGAGAGACCGUCGCUCAGUGGAGGAAGGCCGGGUAUCAGGAAAUGGCCGAGUACGAGAACUUCAGGCACCUCCUCCAGGCACCGGUGGACGACGCCCAGGAGCUGCUGCACACUCGCUUCCCCAUGCCCAGAUACAUCGACACGGAGCACGGCGGCAGCCAGGCUCGCUUCCUGCUCUCCAAAGUCAACCCCUCCCAGACUCACAACAACAUGUACACCUGGGGACAGGAGUCCGGCGCUCCCAUUCUGACCGACGACGUCAGCCUGCAGGUGUUCAUGGAUCACCUGAAGAAGCUCGCCGUCUCCAGCGCCGCCUGAACUCGCCUGCCACCUCUUCACCUGUCCACGUUAUGUUUGUUCUUUACUUUUGCAUUCGCUGCCUACAACCAGCCAACCAACAAGCCGUGUUAACGUCCUCGUAUCAGCCAAUCAGCAGCAGGUUCAGAACCGUGUCACCUUUCUUCUGCACGACAUUUUUACACCUGCAGCCUCUUGAAGUGUUUAAAUGCGACGAGCUGAGAAGCAGUUAGACAUGUUCGUCACACAGUUUCAGAAGGUUAAAUAUGUCCUUUCUAUCGUCAUUAUAUAUUUAUCUAUAUUUUUCUGAUGAAUUGUUAAGUCUUAGCCAACUCUCCCUGUAAUAUUUAAAACUGAUCUACGGAAAAAGGUAACGAGCAACAAGCCGGCGGCACCAACCUCGCCGAAAGAGUUCCUGUAGUUGCUUCACAAUAAAAGCUUCCAUGUGAUUUGUCUAUUUUAAGCUUUUAAUGUGAAACAGCAGCAGUAAGUGAUUAUUGUCUAUUACAGAAUCUUAGCACCGCAGGUGCAGGCGAGCGUUCUGAUUGGUGGAAACAACAACUGAUCAACAAAUCGUAUCAGACUUACAUUGGUUUCCAGUCAUUUCUGUAAGGUAUCAAAUCUGUUAAACUAUCUGAAAUCUAAAACAUGUAAGUUUGUGAUUUCAGGAGCUGAGAGUUCAACACACCAUGUUAGUGAAACAGCUGACCUCAGAUCUGUCUGAACACAUUUCAAGCAGUUUUUCAGAAAGCAUGAAAACAGUCAGCUGUUAGCACAUGGUGACUGAAGACCUAGAGAAGCUUUGUGUUUUGUGAUCAGCACGUUUCAGAAACCUGUAGCAGCUGUUUGAUGUAAACAUGACAUAAUCAGAUUACAUUAGAUCAUUCUCUAGUAGAAUUAUCAGUUACUGUGUCUACAGUCGCUGAUCUGCGGACGGCUGCUGUUUUUCGUUGAGUUUCUCUUUGAAGUUGCUGAACACUAAAAGUCCUGCAGAGAGAAGUUCAUGUUUUCACUGAGUCUUUAUUCUCAUGUUUCUAAUAAAACUGUGCUGUGGAGAAGUUCA